GUUGACCUUUGGUGCUAAUGCUAGCCUCAAAUUCCAUCUUCCCUAGGACAAAUUGGAUUCAAUGUCCUCCAAACUGGAUGAAAGCAUUUUGCUAAGUGGGUUCCAGGCAAAUGAGACGUUUGUAGACGUGAGUGAGAGUGAGGGCGGAGGGAAGGCAUUUGGAGCGUUUAGCAAUGCGGUGCAGAUGGUGUUGAAGGAGAACUUGGGUCCAUUGAGCAACAAGGAAGUUGUGAUGAUGACUAAGGAGGUUUUACAGGGAUAAUGGUUCAAGUAGCAUCCUUACUUGUAUUGCAAUGAUGAAAAUGUUGGUGCUACCUUCUUGUGGUAGCCUGAAUGUUGGCUUUUAUCCCAAGUUUAAAUAUUUUCCCUUUGGGAUUCAUUAAUCCAUGGUUUGAAUUUGCAAGGUCGUGUGUUGGAAUAAUAAGUGAUUUUUUAA